UGAAGUAAGUUUAUAUUCUUUUAGUAACUUUAUUAUCAAGUCAUAACUUGUAAACCAAUUAUCAAAGGUUAUGUUUCGCCUUGUUCCCCUAAUUGGUUUUACCAAUCGCAGAAGUAUGUCAGCCGGUUUGUUGCUAAGGGCGUACGGAUCUCCAUGCUGCUGGCCUACAUAUGCUUCUAAGUUUAGUACAUAAAAUGUUUUUGAGUCUACAAGUGCAAAUACCUUGAGGCCAUAUUUAGCUGGCUUGUUCGGUAUGUACUGCCGAAAUCCGCACCUACCGCGCAAAGACUCAAGUUUUUCGUCUAUUGUUAAAUAUUCCGAAGGUACAUAAGCUGGUUGAGAGUUUUCCACAAACCGAUCAAAUAUUGCCCGAAUUGGAGCUAGUUUAUCAAUUUUAAGUCUUUCCUCCCGAGAAUCUUUAUUGUCGAACCUCAGGCAGCUUAGUAGGAACCUAAAACGCUUUAGGGGCAUCGUUGCUCUAAACAUGUCUAUACCGGAUCCAUCGCUAGCCCAAAGCUCAUCUAAAUUUAACCUACUAGCCCUAAAACGGCCACACAUAUAUAGUAGUCCAAUAUGGGCUUUCAUUUCUAAAGCUGUUGUUUGUUGUAUGAUCGAUUUGUCAUUAUAGUUUUCAGAUUUCGUUUGAAUUAACCGAUUAGUGCAUUCAACUAUAGAGUCAAUAAUAAGUUCGUCUAUAAAAAUAUUCCAACAAUCAAAAGGGGUUUUGGCCUCUUUAGCAACACCUUUUGGUCCCGGAAGAUGGAUAAUAAUAUUUUCCUGACGUGUACGCACAGCCUUAUUUCCUGGAUUAGCUACCCAUUUAGUUUUUUUUGUCAACUCCCCAUAAAUACCUUGACUUUACUUCAGGCGAAAACUCCUCGACAAUGUCAUCUUCUAAUAUUUCUUGCUCAGAAUCAGACUCCUCAGAACGCUGGCUAACGUGGUCGUCAAACUCGCCCUCAGAGCCGGAUUCAAUGGGCUCCUCAUCAAGUAUUUCGGGUACCUCUGAUGAUUUAUCCGAAAUUUCCCAAAGCCUCAACAACUUUUCUUGCUCUUUUUCAUAUGACCAUCGAGCAGACAUAAUAUCUACAAAUUAAAUUCAAGGUAAACAAAAAAUAUCAAUAGAGUAAUAAUAAUAAUAAUUAUUAUAGGUUUAUAACAUAUUAAUAUUAUACGUAAUUAUUAAUAAUAAUAAUAAUAAUUUAUAUAUAAUAUGUCGUAUUUACCUCUAAAAGAAUCAAAGAAUUAAAGAAAAAAAAAUUACGAGAAUGGUAAGCUGGCGCUACGUAUUUUGCAACGGACAAAAUUUUAGAGAUGUUAAGUAGGUUGGGGUAUGGUAUAUACCCCACCACUGGUCCUUCCAGAACUCUCGAAGGGUGAGGUUUAUGUCCUCCGUCACCUCAAAGCAGCGCUGAAAAAUGUAAUUGGUGUACGUCUUAAAAUUAGAAAUCACUUACUGAUCCAUAAGCUGUAGGAUAGGAGUGGUAUUGGGUGGUAGGUAGAGAAUCUUUAUAAACACGAAAUCUUCCGAGUAAAUCAUCUUCGAGAUUUGGUGGGUGAGCGGAGGCAUUGUGGAGGACAAGAAGGGCCUUGCAUGUGUAUAGUGUUUUCCUGUAGAUAUUUUUUUAACAAAAGGGCUAAACACUAUUCCACAAUGAGUUUCCUGCCUUCAGAUUUGCCCUCCAUAUAACGUUUUUCUUUUAUAAAAUCUUAUGUGACUAAAGGCUCUGAGAUUUUGGUAUACUAGCAGAGGCUUGAUUUUGCAGUAGCCACUUGCAUUGACGCAAAGUGCUAGAGUUAAUCUAUCCUUGAUGGUUUUGCGCCCGUACAUCCACACCAAGAGAAUUACUCCCACACCUUGCUCAUGUAUUCCUAUAUAUCACGUUUUAUUUCAAUAGACAUCAUCUUCUUCGCACCCAUGGUUGGAAAAAUAAAUAUGAUAAUGUUUUGUAAAUGAAAAAAAAAGCAAAAAAACACGACUGCACCUCAAAAAUGCUUCAAAAACGAGGGAAACAAGUACACAGGGGAAACCGAAUCUUUCCAUUAAUUACUUUUAAAAAAUAAAAAAAUCUUAAUACGCUAAAUAGGUGACCUGUUUUAAAAGCCUAAAAGUGGGCGGGACAGACUGCCCUCUACUAGAUACGCCACUCACUAUAAGAUUUGUCCCCAAAUUCACUUUUAAUCUUUAUAGUCCAAGAGCCCGCGGCUUUCAGGCCUACGUUAUAUUAUCAAAGCUGAAAUUUUUUGUGUGGUCUCCAUAUAAGACAAUGCAGGUAUGAACGGAUUCUCACUAUGGAACUUGAGUCGCAGUGCCAUCGUGCUUUAAUAUAAAGUAGUAAAGGUGAAUAAAGUUUUGUCUUAAAUUUGUUAAAGUAUAUAGCUCAGUUUUUGUAUAUUUUAUUAGUAAUAAUGUUAGAAGCUGCUUUGUUCAUCGCCGGACGUCUAGUAUAAUUAUUUAAAAUUAUAGUAUAAUUAGUUAUAAUUAUACUUUCGUCUUAGUAUGAAUGAUGAGCUUUAUAUAAUAUGUUAUUUGGAAAACUAUAAAAUGAUGUUUCUUCUGUAGCCGGACAGUUUAGGUGAUUCUCCUAUCUUGGCAGAUACAUUGAAAGUCAGUUUAGGCUUAUUAAAGAAGUUAAAACCCCAAAGAGAUUUAUUUGGACGUAUGCUGGGUAUAUCGAUGGGCAUAUUGUAGAUAUUACACUUACCACAGUGCCAUUCUCAACAUGCUAUUUAGAUGGGACCAUUUGUAAAACCGCUUAUCUGUGUUGAUGAAAUGUUACGUCAUGAGCAACCACUUAGCAUUGAUGUUUUAUUAAUAAUUGGUGUUUUUUUCUGAUAACUGAACCGGAGCAAAGUCAACCACAUGAUUUUAUCAAGAAAUUCAAAGAAUUCGAUUUUUAAUAGGCCUAUCAUCGAAUUGCAUUCGAAAUAAAGAAGACGAACAAGAGGAGGUUUUUAAUAUUAUUCAGAGAUUUAUAUGCAAUAUGUACAAUACUCACUGUAUAAUUGAUGUUAAUGCGAUAAGACUUCAAAAGUUUAUAAGUUCUUAUUCAGCUCUAUAAAGACUUCAGGUACGGUAUGAAAUUAUUAUAAAUAAAUUAUAGGCUACUUCUAAUUGUUGUAACUUAUUUGAGUUAUUACAGAAACAGACGGAGAAGGCGAUUAUGAUGAUGGAUGACCCAUCUAUAUAACACUAGCAGUAAUGAAGAUAUUGGAAAUAUUGACUACAAUGAUGGAGAUGAUGUAAUAUUGUUUUAUGUAUUUAAUAAUACGUGUUUCAAAUAUUACUAUUUUACUAUGUCACACAGGCCUACGCUGAUGAUCUGGUAAUCCUUUGCCCAGGGAAAGACGCCGUCUCAAUGCAGGGCUCUAUGAUGAGAGCCCUGCUAUGGUGGACAUAUGGUGCCUCUCGGGGGGUCUCAGGAUUAACUCCAAAAAAGUCUUACUAUCAUUAACUCCCACUAUUCACGAGAAGACGUAACUUUGGCACGCCCCCUGUUAUAUCUCUAGGUGGCGUGCAGCUGCAUUACUCCAGGACAGUUCGAUUUCUGGGAAUAUAUCAAGUUGGAUCCCAAACUCUCCUGGCACGAUCAUGCAGACACCAGAAUAAAGAAGGCCAUCUGCGCGCUCUGGGCCUGCAGGCGGGAUUUUGGCAAUACCUGGGGUCUGUCUCCUAAGAUCCUCCACUGGAUCUACUCGCGCAUUGUGAGACCUCUUCUCACAUACGGGGCUAUCAUUUGGUGGUCAUGUACGGAGAAAGUGAAAAUUUGUGCUCAACUGGACAGAGUCCAACGUCUUGCAUGUCUCAGCAUAACGGGUUCCAUGCGGACGGCACCAACUAGAGCGCUUGACACUCUGCUAAGCCUUCCGCCUCUGGACCUCGUUGUGCAAUUCGAGGCAAUGAGGACUGCGUACAGACUAUACGUCCUUGGCGAACUACGUGCUGGCGAGACCGGUCACGGGCCAUACGGGAAUGUCCUCUCCUUCUGAUGGGCAGUGACUGCAUGGCUCCAGUGACUGUGGACUGCGAGGGAUUCGUGACGCACAUUGCAGGCAGAGAGGAGUGGCAGCAUUCCAACAGACCUGCAUUGCUAAAUAGGGGAACCAUCUGGUACACAGAUGGCUCCAGAAUGAAUAACAGAACUGGAUCAGGGCUUAUUGGUGGGAUCCCACAUACCAGUAGGGCAUACUCGCUGGGGGAGCACGCCACUGUCUUUCAGGCCGAAGUAUUCGCUGUAUUAAAAUGCGGACAGAAAAUCCUAAGCAGCGGACACCGCAAUACAGUUGUAUCAAUAUGCUCGGACAGCAGAGCUGCCAUUAAGGCUAUCACGGCCGCAAAGGUUGGAUGCAGGGUCCAGCUCGUCUGGAUACCUGGCCACGCAGGCCAUGCAGGUAAUGAGGAAGCGGACUCUCUCGCCAGACUGGGAUCCGCGAAUGUGCCAAUGGGGCCGGAACCCAUAAUUGGUAUCGCCAAAUGCGUUGCGGUCGCGUCAAUGAAGGGUCUGCUGGACAAGUGGACCUACCGAAGAUGGACUGAGUCCCCUGGUAUGAGACAGGCCAAAGCGCACAUAGGUGGGCCCUCUGCCUGUCUCACCAAAAAUCUACUACGCCUAAAAAGACGCGAAAUUCGGCUAGUGACAGGUCUUUUAACUGGUCACUGGCACUUAAGAAGCCAUCUCCAUACUAUCGGUAUUGCGGACAACCCGGAAUGCCGAUGGUGCUGUGAGGAGGAUGAAACCGUUGACCAUGUAGUCGGGGAGUGCCCAGCACUCACGCGCGCCAGGUUCAAAUACUUGGGUAACACUUUCAGUGUACCGAGCGACUUUAAGUCCUUCAGACCAGAGAGCCUUAUCGGUUUCUCUAAGGCCGUUGGGCUCUGGUAACCCCCGGUGGGGCAUGACGGGUCCAUCAGGAGACCUAUAUGCACAACUGCCUUGGCAGCCCACUGUUUCGCCAAUUCACUUUGUAUUUAAUUAAUGGCUAUAAGUUUAAUUAACUACCUUCUUCUUUCAAUAAUUAUCAAAAAUUUAUCAAACAAUAUUUCUUUAUAGUUUUCUCAAAUCUCCAUAUUAUUCAGUAAUAGUUAUUUUAAAAUAUUCAAAUUUUACAUUGUUUACAAAUCCCUCGAAAACCUCAACUUCAAAAUAAACAUGAAAAUAUAUAUUAUUUUUUCAAAAUAAAUUUCUGAGGUCAUAAUAAUUUUGUAAAAUCAAUUUUCUUGGUAAAUCCAGUAAAUAGAACGCACUAUUUCAUUCGCAUUCGCUUACAAAUAUACAUAUACAAGGUGAAGGUAAAACAAUUUAUAAAAUAAAUAUUUCUUCAGAAAAGUCUCUUCUAGACAAAUAAGACCUUUUUUUAUUUUUACAUUAUAAACAAAACUCCAGAGUAUGGACAUCACUCUACAAAAUAUAUAUACAUACACCUCGCAUUCGUGCCUAGAGUGACUUUCAAUAUGUCUGGCAAGAUAGGGGAACCAUUAGAACUAUACGGAUACAGAGGAACCAUCAUUUUAUAGUUGCCCAAAUAACAUACAUAAAGCUUAGCAUGUAUAUAAUGACGAAAGUAUAAUUAUUAUUUAUUAUUCUUUAAGGCUAUCUGGGCGGGGGUGGCGACCGGACUAGGCGUCCGGCGAUGAACGAGACCGUUUAAAACAUUAUUACGAAUAAAAUAUAUAAAAACCGAGCUUUAUACUUUAACAAAUUUGAGACACACUUUUACUCACUUGGCUAUCUUUUACCUGCUGUAGCGACCGCGACCCAAAUUCUAUAUCUUCAGGGUCCAUUCAUACCUGUAUUGUGGACACUUUCGUCUUUUAUAAUAUAACGAAGGCCUGGAAGCCGCAGGCUUUAUUAUUC